AUGGGUGAGGAGGCCGCGAGCGUCCAAAAUUACCGAUCUACUCUUCGGACUCGCUCAGCCGCAGGUGAGGAUGGAGAUGGCGAAGUUGCCGCCGCACCCCAUACGUCGUAUUUGAAGGUCGUGAGGUUCUUUAACCUUCAGAUGGUCCUCUGGAUCUCGUCGAGGAACCACCCGCCAGAUCCGAGACCGCCUUCGAGCAGAUGUUGUGGUCGUACCUCGAGACAUACAGUGACGACGGCAGACAUAUGGUGGGAGACGGCGGAGGUCGGAAAUGGGAGUUUUGUGGUGAACUGCCGGCGGGUCUAUGGUGGUGGUAGCAGAGUUGAUUGA